AUGGAGAUGGAAAGUUCGAAAGUGGGAGGUGAUGAUAAGAAGUUUUCAUGUAAAAGUGUAAGAGAAUACAUUAAAGAGCAAAAGGGUAGGCUGUUUAUAAUUCGAAGAUGUAUUGUUAUGCUUCUUUGUUGGCAUGACUAG